UGUGGUUGAUAGAUGGAAGGAAGGUUGGGUGGUUCUUGCCCGCCCCGCAAACGCGACAUGCUUUUUUCAUCGCGUCGUCAUUUCUGUCCACCUCUUCGACUCUACCGGUAACCCAACAUCGACACCGCAAUCCAAAUCUGAACAAACUCUCAAUGUCAAAUUCAAGAGCAACAUGAUGCAGGCCUUGACUGUUGUUCAUCAUGAGUCAGAGCGAAGCCACACAGAGACCCCAGAAAUCACGGCGAAAUCGGCGAGCUUGCGAUCAGUGCAGUGCCCGUAGUGUUAAAUGUCGGCUCGGCGCUGAUGGCGAACAAGGGCAGUGCCAGAAUUGCAUCGAUUAUGGCGAAACAUGCACCUUUCAGCGACCAAUAAGACCGCGAGGAGCAAAACCGAAGGCGGCCAGGAUAGCAGUGAAUCAGGCUAGGAAUGUUCACCAGGAGACGCCUAAUCAGAGCGACACUGUACAAGCACAAGUGUCUUGCAGAGAUGAGGAAAUUCCACUGGACACUGAUGCCUGGAAGCCAAGAGUCAUGCCUUCUCAAGCUAUUGUGAUGGACCUGACGGAGAUAUAUUUCGAGGUUGUGUAUCCGGUCUUCCCCUUCUUCCAUCGACCGACAUUAUUGCGAAGGGUAUCGCGAGGAGAGUACGCUUCAAGUCGGCCUCUGUUCGCUUCUGUUCUGGCCAUGUGUGCACUUGCUUCUGCCCGUGUGCGCGACGGUGCUUUGUACACAAUUAAUUGGAACGCAGCAUCGCUCAAAGAUCCUUCAUCUGAAGAGCUGUUCAGGUUCGCUAAAGAGGCCAUCCCUCAUGACGCGUCGUUGUCACAAGAACUCGACUACAUGCGAGCGUAUGCAUUGCUGGCUAUCACUUCAAUCCAGUAUGGAGAUUCUCGUCAGAUGAGUUAUUAUCUUGGUCUUUACCACAGCUUCGUCGCUGUGGGUAUGCUUCAAGAUGAGGACAAUUGGCCUUCUGGUAUAGGUCAUGUCGAAAUUGAGGAGCGAAGAAGACUCUUCUGGUCUACGUAUACCCUGGACAUUUUCUCUUCUAUCAUCUGGGGUGGUUUUGCACGCAGCAGAGAAGCUUGCUUCAGCGUGUGCUAUCCAACCGAGUGUGAUGAUGAAUCUUUCAACGACACAAACGCUCCGACUGCUAAUGAGUCCCAUGAGGCGCCUACUUGGAUAAAAGGAUGGAACUUCGUGACCGACCUAUAUAGAAUCCUUGAACACACGGUCGAUCGUCUAGGCCAUCUGCAAAACCCAAUACGGCGUACCCCUUCCAUUCAAAGCUUCAUCGAGCAAAGCAGCACUCCACACACAUCAGUCCUCAACAACAUCAUGACUCUAUACGAACACCUACCUCCUAUAUUCAAGUCCACCCAACCACUAACGGGCCGAUUGGAAAACGACCUCUUCGGCUUCCAAGCCGCCAACAUCGCCGCCUCCCUCCAACUCGUCCGCAUGGUCCUCUUCACCACCGAAAACUCCACCGUAGACCAAAAAUGCCAGAUCGCCAGUGAAGUCAUCAACGGUUUCGCCAGUGUACCCGUCGCCUACCUUCGCGCAAUCAGUUCACCACUUUUCCACCACUUGGCAGGGAUCGGCAGUAUAAUGGGCUCGGCCUUUGAAAACGGACUCACCGAAUCCUCUUAUCGACGUGUGCGGUCCGUAUUGCUUGAUCUUGCAAAUUUGCUUGCGAAUCUGGAGGUGGGGUUGUAUUGUGCAGCUGGGACUAGCGAUAAAUUACGCACGCAGGUGUCGAGGAUUGAUGAGUUUAUGAAGAUACAGCGGUCGGUGGAUGCGGAACGUUUGUCUCCGUGGGCAACAACGCAAGUAGAUGGCAAUGCUUUUGCAUCACCGAAUGUCAGUGCCGGACAUCAGCAGCAGCAGCUCAUGACAUCUGAAGAAUCACCACAGAUACACUUUCCGGCAGAAUUAUUCGAGAACUGGUCUUGGGCGUUCGAUUUCAAUUAAACAUUUGUUUCAGUCUUGUAUCUUCCUCGUCUGCUAUGUUUGUUAUACCUGAGGCAGCUCAUCAUGAGAGGAAUACUCAAAUUGCUUCCGCUUCUCCAACCCCCCUUCCAUCUCCGCCUUUGUGAUAAACAAAUCCUUAUUCUCCGCAUACGCCUUUUCCAUCUGCCAAUAAAACGGCGAAGUGGUAAACAUAGCUUCGAUAGAUUCAAGCGAGCGAUUUGCGGUUUCCGGAUAAAUCAGGUAGACGAUUCCGAUCCAGAUGAAAUUCAAUCCAGCAAAGAGGAAAUAAGUGCGACUCUGUGGAUUUCGUUAGU